UUAGACCGGACCAAAGAAAAAGGAGACCAACUGAGGGACGGAUUCCAGUGACUUCACUUCCGGCGUCGACUACGCAUCUCUCUUAGCUUUUUACUGCACACACGAAGAGCGGAGUCGUAGAAAACGAAAAUGGUGAAAAAGGAAAAUCCAAUUGCAGAAGUAGAUGAAGACGAAGAAGAUUUUGAUGAAGAUGAAGAAGAAGAAGAAGAAGAGGAAGAACCAGUAGACUCGCAAUCAAGAAUGCGGGAUGAAAGGGCGAAAAUGGAAGGAUUUCUCCGGCGAAUGUCAUCCGAAAGAGUUCCGUUGAGAGUCCACGACGUGAUAAUCAAAGGAAACAACAAGACUAAGGAGUCGUUAAUCGAAGCCGAGGUCCAAGCCCUAAAGACCGCCACCUCAGUCCAGGAACUGCUUCAGGCAGCCACUAUAGCUAAUGCGCGGCUUCAGAAGCUCGAUAUUUUUGAUUCCGUAAAUGUUACGCUUGAUUCAGGUCCGCCUGACUUGCCUGGGACUUCUAACGUCAUAGUUGAAGUUGUCGAGUCCAAAAACCCUAUCACUGGUGAUAUUGGCAUUUUCACCAAGCCUGAGGCUAGAUCAUGGUCAGUUGAGGGUUCACUGAAGCUUAAAAACAUGUUAGGGUAUGGAGAUAUAUGGGAUGGUUCUUUAUCUUAUGGGUGGGACCAAACAUCAGAAGUUAGCACUGGUGUGGCUUUACCAAGAUUCAUGAAACUGGUGAAUCCUGUUAUGGCUCGUGUAUCCCUUCUUUCUCAAGAUUGGCUAAAGUUUUCCUCUUAUAAAGAACAAGCAAUGGGGUUAUCUCUUGGCUUAAUAUCAACCAGGAAGCAUGACUUAGCAUAUAAUCUGUCAUGGCGCACCUUAACUGAUCCAUCACAAAGGGCUUCUGUGUCUGUAAGGAGACAGCUUGGACAUAAUUUGCUCUCACAUUUGAAGUACACUUUUAAAAUAGACAAAAGGAACUCACCUCUUAGACCAACUCGGGGCUUUGCUUUUGUUUCCACUUCUCAAAUUGGUGGCCUUUUUCCUGAUUAUCGCAGUGUUCGUUUUAUCCGCCAGGAGUUUGAUCUUCGGUAUGCUUUACCUUUGGGUUUUGCUCGAGCUGCAUUAAACUUUGGGGUUGCUGGUGGUGCUGUAUUUCCAUGGGGAAGUGGAUUUCUAACCACAUCUGUAUCUCUACCCGAUCGAUUCUUCUUGGGUGGAAACUCUUCUCCUGUUUGCACAUUAGGAGGCCCAACAUCAUUACUGGGCUUCAAAACUAGAGGAUUGGGCCCAAAUGAGCCAAGACGUGAAAUCCAAGACAAAUCCAACAACGAAUCAGGUUCUGACACCUGUCCCGAAAGAGACUUUCUUGGUGGAGACCUUGCUGUUACUACCUUUGCAGACCUUUCUUUUGAUCUCCCAUUGAAAGUCCUCAGAGAUUCCAAUAUUCAUGGACACGCGUUUGCUUGCGCGGGAAGUCUCGUAAAAUUAACCGAGAAUUCAUUUCGAGAUCUCUCCUUUCAGAAAUACAAAGACUCCUUCAGAAGCUCUGCUGGAUUCGGGCUUAUUGUACCCACCAAAUUGUUUCGUAUGGAGGUGAACUAUUGCUACAUAUUAAGACAACAUGAACAUGACAGAGCGAAGACCGGCUUGACACUUGACAGUGAACUUGUUUUCAUCAAACAACACGCUGAUGUUUAGAUAACAUGUGAGAAGAAGAUAAGGCUUUUUGGUUUUUGUAUUCAAGUUGAUGUUAUUUCUAAUAAAUAACUGAUUUUUUUUAAUUCAAUUACUAUUGUUAUUUCUAAUAAAUCUAUAAAAUAUUUGAAUUUUUGUUUUGA